AUGGGAGAAGGCACACUAGAGGAAGCCCGUCAGCGGCACGAUAACGACGUCGUUCAGCCCUGUAAGGCAAACAGUGCCAGGUCGUACGUGGGAAAUUCCCUUGCCGAGCGGCAAGCAUUGUACUCUGAAUCUGUAAAGGAUCCUGCUGUGUUCUGGAGCCGGAUUGCGGCCGAUAACUUUUACUGGGAAAAGUUGUGGCCCGCGGAUAAGCCUGUACUGGAGUACAAUUACCACAGGAGCAGAGGAAAAGUUUUUGUGAGGUGGUUUGAUGGCGCGAUAACCAACAUGUGCUACAACGCCCUUGAUCGCCACCUCCCGCAGCACAAGAGCCGCGUGUGUUACUACUGGGAGGGUAAUGCGGAGGGGGAAAGCAGCACUGUGACGUACGGUGAAAUGCAUGAGGCUGUUCUGCAGCUGGCAGCUGUGCUGCGGCACCAGUACGGCAUCCGUAAGGGCCACGUGGUCACUCUGUACCUCCCAAUGGUUCCCUUUACGGCGCAGGUCAUGCUGGCAGCAGCCCGGCUUGGCGCCGUUGUCUCGGUCGUAUUUGCCGGCUUCUCCGCCACGUCGCUUGCCUCGCGUAUCAUGGACUCCGGCAGUAAGCUUGUCAUCGCGGCAGAUACGUUUAACCGUGGGGAGAAACCCAUUCCGCUGAAGAAGGCCGUGGAUGAGGCCAUCGCCGAGUGUGAGAGCAGUGGGCUCCAGGUCCAAUGUCUCGUGUACGAGCGGCAUAGCCGGGAAGGGAUUCCAAUGAGGGCGGGCCGUGAUCGCUGGUACGGUGACGCAGCCGCCGAAGUGACCCCCGCCCAGCUGGAGGACUGCCCCAUAGAGUGGAUGGGCGCAGAAGAUCCACUUUUUAUGUUGUACACCUCGGGCAGCGCUGGCAAGCCAAAGGCGCUCCUCCACACUCUCGGGGGUUACAUGGUGUACGCAGGAAUCACGUUCAAGUACAGCUUUGACUUUCACGAGGACGACGUGUACUUCUGCACCGCGGACAUCGGCUGGAUCACAGGUCAUACGUAUGUGGUGUAUGGUCCCAUGCUAAACGCCGCCACCUCCGUGCUCUUUGAGGGGAUUCCAACGUAUCCCACACCCUCCCGCUGGUGGGAGCUCGUUGACAAACACGGUGUCACUAUUUUCUACACCGCACCGACGGCUAUUCGAGCACUCAUGCAGUAUGACGAGGAAUACGUCAAGAAGACGAGCCGCGCGACACUUCGUGUUCUUGGCAGCGUCGGGGAGCCGAUUAACGCGGAAGCUUGGAAGUGGUAUUAUGGGGUGGUUGGCGAGAGCCACGUGGACAUCAGCGACACUUGGUGGCAAACAGAGACGGGCGGCCACCUCAUUACGUCGCUGCCGGGUUGCACGCCGCUGAAGCCGGGAAGCGUAACGCUGCCGUUCUUCGGCAUCGAGCCGGCCUUGCUGGAUCCGACGACGCUCGCGGAGAUUGACGGUCCUGGGGAGGGGCUCCUUGUGAUCAAGCGUCCGUGGCCGGGGCAGGCCCGUACCAUCUUUGGGGACAGUGAACGCUACGAGCAGAUCUACUUUUCUGUGGACGGGUACUACUUGACAGGGGACGGUGCACGUCGUGAUGAGGACAAUUACUACUGGAUCACCGGCCGCGUGGACGACGUGUUGAACGUUAGUGGUCACCGCAUUGGCACCAGCGAGGUGGAGGACGCCGUGAACACACACCCUGCUGUUGUGGAGAGCGCCGUGGUUGGCGUUCCGCACAAUGUGAAGGGUGAAGGCAUUUACGUCUACGUCACAUUUCACCAGCACAUCACUAUUGAUGAGGCGCUUCUCAAUGAAGUUAAGGUGACGGUCCGCGAAGUGAUUGGGCCAUUGGCAACGCCCGAUCACGUCCACUCGGCGCAGAGUGGACUCCCGAAGACGCGAUCCGGCAAGAUUAUGCGUCGCAUCCUGCGAAAAAUUGCCUCCGGUGUCUUUGACGGCCUUGGCGACGUCACGACCCUCUCGGAUCCAAGCAUUGUGGCGGACCUCAUUGAGGGGAGGAAGGGGGUGUCGAUAUGA